UCAUCGCUUGGCGCACUGGACGCCGGGAGGUGUAGUGUUGCUGCGCCUGGCGUCUAUAGAACGUUCGGUGUCGCGCGUUGCACACCGGGAAAUGUAGUUUUCCUUCAGCUACCCCGCGGAUUCUUUCCUUACCGACAUGGCGGACAGGAGGCGGCGGAGGAGACGUGCGUCUCAGGAUAGUGAAGAGGAGGGGGAAGAGGAGUCCGGGAGUGACAGUACUGGGGUGGAGCGGGCAGUACAGCCUGGUAGAACCGAAGGCCGGGAACUGGGUAACCGGAGAGUGGAGGCGACGACGACGACGACGACGGCGGCGGCGGUCAGAGAUGGGAAGGAGUCUGAGUGUGAGAGUGAGGACGGUAUAGAAGGAGAUGCUGUGCUGACGGACUACGAGAGUGCUGAGGAGUCAGAAGAGGAAGAGGAGGCUCGCUUCAGUGAGGAUGAUGCCCUUAAAACCACUUUGAAAUCGGAAAAUAAUGCCUCUGAGACACCUGCCCAAAAAGAAGAAAAGCCCAAGUCAAAGGGAGCAGUUACAGGGGAGCGGCAGAGUGGGGAUGGACAGGAGAGCACAGAGCCAGAGGAGAAUAAGACCACCACAAAGUCUCAGAAACAGCUGGAUGAUGAUGAAGACAGGAAGAAUCCAGCCUAUAUUCCUCGUAAGGGGCUCUUCUUUGAACAUGACUUGCGUGGACACACAAAUGAUGAGGAAGUCAGGCCAAAGGGACGCCACCCCCGCAAACUGUGGAAGGAUGAGGGUCGGUGGGAGCAUGAUAGGUUUCGGGAAGAUGAGCAAGCUCCGAAGUCUAGAGAUGAGCUAAUUGCUAUGUACGGUUAUGACAUCCGGUCAUGUAAAAAUUCUGAGGCGAUUCACCCACGUCGACCAAGAAAGCCAAGGUAUAGCAGUCCUCAGAGGGAAGAUGAAGAUGAAAAGCCUAACAGACCUUCAAACCGUUACCAGGAGUCUAAUUCUGCUCCUCCACCAAGAACCUACAACAAUCGCAGUACUCCCAAUAACGGCAGAGCCCCCCCUAAUAGGACUUAUUCUCGGCCAGGAUACAAAGAGAAUCGGCCUGCCAGCUACCCUCCUGAAGAUGGUGCUACCCCACAUUCUACUUCAGAGAGAAGGCAAGAGUAUGGAGGCUACCGAGGGAGAAGUACAGAGCAGACUCCAUCACAGCCCAGUGAAAGCUCCACUGAAGUGCAAAUCAAAACCGAACCAGCAGCUGACAAACAAGUGGAAGAUCCAUCACCUCCACCUCCAGAUCGACCUGUGGAGAAAAAGUCCUACUCCAGAGCUAGACGCAUUCGGGUUAAAGGGGGAGAAGCAGGAAAGAGCAUAGAUGACACAACAUUCCCUGACUUGCCACCUCCCCCACCUCCUCAGAUACCUACGGAAGUGGUUCCAGUGCCCUCCCCUCCAAUACCUGUAGUGAAACCUGGUGGCUGGGAGCCUCCUGUAGAAGGUAGUGUGACAGGACUGGAACAGGACUUGUCACAGGUCAACAUUUCAGAUCAAAAUUGGAGUCCAGGACAGUCAACGUACAUCCCUGCACGUGGAAUUCCAAAUCAUAUUCACAUGGCUGGAGGACCUCCCCAGUACAACCGCUUGGAAGGAAUGGGUGUUCAGAGUGGGCGUGUUAAAAGGUAUUCCUCUCAGCGUCAGCGACAAGUGCCAGACCCUGCUCCCAUGCACAUCAGCCUUAUGGAAGGACAUUACUAUGAUCCACUCCAAUUCCAGGGACCAGUAUAUACUCAUGGAGAAAAUCCCCCUUCUAUUCCCCCUCAAGGGAUGAUUGUACCGCAAGAAAUGCACCUUCCUCAUCCAGGUUUGCACCCGCACCCGCCUGCUGCUCCGAUGUCUACCCCAAACCUUUACCCUGGCCCAGUUUCCAUCCCCCCUGGACAGCCCCCUCCUCAACAGUUAUUACCGCCACCUUACUUUACUGCUCCCCCUAGUGUCAUUAAUUUUGGAACUCCAACCUACCCUUAUCCACCAGGUGCUCUUCCGCCACCGCCACCACCGACCCAUUUAUAUCCCAAUACACAGGCCCAGUCCCAAGUGUUUGGAGGAGUAACGUAUUAUAACCCUGUACACCAACAAGUUCAGCCGAAGCCUUCACCACCACGACGCACAUCACAACCAGUCACUAUAAAACCACCACCACCCGAGGAAAACAGACACUUGAAGGCAAAAGAGAAGAGCAGCUCCUGAGCUCAUGUUGUCAACGCCUCAUUUCCCAAGAAGAGUGUCCUGGUUUAUAGAACAGUAUUUUAUUUUUUCCUUUUAUUUUUUUAAUUUUUCUUUACUGAAAAAAAAUCUCUCGGGCCGUGAGGGAUUCCCCAGAUUUUAUUAGAACUUUAAGCUGUUCUUUGCACCAUUCACCAAUAGAGAUGUCGUUUUUGGUAUGUUGAUAGACCAUUAAAUGUAUAUUGUUACAUGUUUGGAUAUAUGUAAGGAAAGUUUUUGUUCUUUUGCUGCGUGCCUACGUUCCUUCUGUCUUUGUACAGCUUUUUAUUUGGAAAAAGCGCAAGUGAAACUGCUGCUAAAAAGAAAAAAAAAAAGUAUUCAACGGAUAUAUUAAAAAAUUUAAUCUUUGAAGUGUUUCCAAGAUAUUUUCCUGAAUAGAACAAGUUGUGAAAAAAAAGUUCUUUCCAUCAACUUCCAAACCGUUGUCUGUAGUUUGUAAUGUUGCUAAGAAAUCCCCCAGACGUACUUGUAUUCGUAUUAUUAUUUUUUCUUGUCUAGAGUGUUGUCCCGGGGGGGAGGUGCUUGACAUAGAGAUUCUCUGUGGCACUCUUUGGAUUCUUGUCAUGCUCCGCCCCUGGAGGUCCAGUAUCGGGCUAUACACAGUUUGCUUUGCCUGAAUUGGAAGCCCAUAGUUGCUUUAAGUAAGCAGAUAAAUGACGUUAGCAGGCUGCAAGUUAUGGCAGGUGGACUUUAGUACAUGAAGUCUUAUUGCAAGCAAGAUUAGAAGUUCUUGCCUUUUAGUUUCUGCCUAAGUAUGGAUAUCAAUCAAGAGUCCUUUAUUUUUGCAUCAUAUGCUAUAGUUAUGAGAAGAAAUGAUUGGGACUGAAGCUGUCCAGUAGGCUGUAUUAGUCUAGGGGUACAGACUAUAGAGGCCGCAUAGCUCGCACCAAUGCCCAUGUCGGCAACUACUGCGUGCUAAAGUAAAUGCCUGUAUAAUUUCUCUUUGCUUUAUAAUAUGUAUUACCAUUUGAGAUGGUCAGUUCGGUUAUUGUACUGUAGCUCAAAUAUGGGGUUGCAUGCAUAAAAAAAAAACCACAAAAAAAACAGUGUUGCCCGUAGCAACCAGUCACAUCACUACAUAUUCUAGGAAAUUGAAGCUGAAAUCGGAUUUACUUCGCCCCUACAGCUGUAUACUGAAUAAACCUUUUGUUUUGAAGAAUAAUCAAACCAAUAUACACAUUGUAUUUUAGGAAAGCUCUGCCUAUAGCACUCGGCUACACCAGGAUUCCUAGUGA